CUGGCGGUCCCGCUGUGUACUGCGGCCAUGGAGUCCACAGCGAGCCGAUUCGCUCACUUGCAGCAGCCCAUCCGGGAGCUCUCCAAGAACUGGGACAUCGACUUGGCGGCCGAGCUCAACGACUACCUGGAGGAGCUGGACGAGCUGUGCCUGACGUUCGACGAAGGAAAAACCAAACUGAACUUUGCCGAGGCGGCGUUGCUCAUCCAAGGUUCUGCUUGCAUAUACAGCAAGAAGGUGGAGAUGCUGCACAACCUGGUCUACCAAACGCUGGACUACAUACGAGACCGCAACAAGAAGCAAAGCAAACAAGCGGCGCCGGGCGACAACGCGGGCAGAGCGGCGGCGCACCCUGAUGACGACGACGACGACGAUUCGUUUUGCGAAGUGGACAUCGAAACAGCCGAGUGGGUGGACAGGCCCGAAUCCAACGUGCUGGUGGACGUGGCCCCCCUCCCUCCAGUCUCUCUGAUUCCUCCUGAAAGUCGGGACAAGAACAAGUUUCUUCUCAUCAGUGCCAAAUGUGACGUGGUGUGCAGCCAAAAGGACUUUCGCAUGAAUAUUUUCCUGCCGGGACAUCAGGACUUCAUCCUCCUCACGCCGCCCUCCAUCACCGGCACGCCUUUCCGGCACACCGGCGAUGUUGCCGGCGCGACUGGCGGUUAUGACAUCACGGCGCGCGGCCACGAGCAGAGCUUCCUUCCUGCGGACAGCGCCGUGGAAGCGGACCAGGAAGUAGACGAGCACAUCGAGAGGCAGCAGGCUCCGAGCCAAGGCCGCCAGAGUCGACAACUGCGGCAGAUCGUCCCUGAGGAGGGGACGCCCCCCGCUCAGGACGUGUGGGCGCUUCACGACCAGUACGCCACAGCGGAGGACGACGACAAACCUUUUGAGUCAGGAAAGCCCUACAAGAUUCCCGGCGGUCUGGACGACAACGGCAAGAGGAAGCGGGCGGCCGCGCGGCCCCAGCGGGAGGACUUCAGGACCUGGUUCAAAGAAACAUAUGAUCUUCCUGAACGCAAGCUCAGAAAAGGACCCGCCUGCGUCGACCUCAACUACAUUUAUCGGAGUAGCCUCAAAAGCAAGCUGGGAAACCUGAAGAGAAUGAACAACAAACAAUUUGGAGUUCACAAAGCGGUUUCGGACGAAGACUUGGUGAGGAGCCUUCUGGAGCCAGAGGAACAGGAAAGGCCCCGGGAGCGGACGGACGGACUCGGGGAGCGUGACCUUCUGGAUGACGACAACCGGGAGCAGGAAACGCUCGAGGCGGGAGAUGGCGACGCGUCUCCGGAAGCCGAGCAUCUGAGUUACGAGGACCUGGUGAAGCUGCACGUGGAGGAGAUGGUGCUGAGGUGCCGCGAAUAUACGCAGGAGAUGGCGUUGUCUCGCCGCGUGCAAGAGUGGGAGGACCGCAUCCGCCCAAAGCUUCUCGUGGAGGAGCGGCGCCCGCCGUUCGACAUCAGCGAGUACGGCGACAAGAUCGUGUCUGCGUUGGUCGCCGUAGGCCGGCGCCGUGACUUUGCGUCCGUGGUGCGCGGCGAGGACAACAUUGAAGUCUGCAAGUUGCUGCUGGCGUCUUUACAGCUGGCCAACGACGGCACGGUGGCCAUCGACAGCGCGCCGGGUCUGGAGGAGCGCGUGGACUCGAUGGGCUUGACGCUGCUCAGCAGGGUCCGAGCUGCCGACAGGUUCAAAAACCUCCCUGCUCUUCCUUCGCCUGAUGAUGAUGAUGAGGAUGAUGAUUAGAAGUUAAGGAUAUUGAUUAAAGGUUCAUGCUGUUGAUGAUUAAAAUCUCCCCCAAAAUGA